AUGGCGGAUAAUUCAAAGUUGGCCAGUUGUGGAGAAGAUAUCAAGAUAUGGAGCGGGAUCGAUAUGCAGUUAUUGCAUUCAUAUAACCCCCACUCCAAUGAUACUAUAACAGGACUAGCAUGGGGUCAUAAUAAUCAUGUCAUGUGCAGCACGGCAAGUGAAUCAAAUCGUAUUAUCAUCUCAUCCAUGAGAGGCUCUCCUGUUAAACUGAUUGAAUUAGAGGCUGAGGGCCAAGUUAACUGUGCAGCAUUCAAUUCAAACUCUCGCUAUGUUGUCGUGGGAUCGCAAUCAGCCGAAGUAUCUAUAUUUGAUCUAAAGUCUCGUAGCAUACAAAAAGUUUUCAAGAGUCAUACGGAUCCGAUUACGUGUGUUUCUUUCUCCAAUCGUGACCAGUACAUUGCCUCUGGUGCCAUUAAUGGUCAUGUAAGAAUUGAUAAUGUCACUACAUCACAAUCGAGUUCGCCGUUAAUUGCUGAAAAUUGCCAGGCCAUUCGCGCUCUACAGUAUUCACACUUCAGAACUUCAUUACUUGGUGUGGCUAGCGAUAGCGGAGAGAUUAAUUUGUGGGAUAUAAACAGUAUGAAAUUAUGGUGGUCAUCAACUGAUGCGCAUUUUGCUCCGGCAACUGAUCUCUCAUUUUCAACUGUGAAUGAUAUGUUAUUAGCGACUGUUGGCUUAGAUAAACGUAUUGUCUUAAGUGAUGUUAAAUCGAAAAAAGUGGUCAAAGUAAUUGAAGCUGAUGGACCGCUUUCCACUAUCGAUUUUAAUACUGACGGAGCUACAUUAGCAGUUGGAACAAGUCGUGGUAAGAUCAUCUUGUUUGAUCUUAGAACGGGAUCUGUCCCAUUAAGGAGUGCGAACGCACAUUCAUCUCGAGUUAAUAAGUUGUAUUUUCAAAAUCAAUUCGUAAAGGAACUUAAUAGUGGUCGUCCUGCUAAACAAGUAAAUAUUAAUAAAGCUCCCUCGCUACAGCAUCCUGUUCAGAGUAGCACACCAGCUGUAGCAAGUUUAUCUAUGUCAAAUCAGUCCAGAAAAGUAUCUGGUGAGGUGAACACAGCACCCACUACUGGUAGAAGUGAUUUGUUUUCACCAGUUAGAGAAGUUUUUGGAGAUACAUCAACGGACGUUAACGUUUCGAAUAACUCGCAAUUCAACCGAUUGCAACAGUUCGGUCCAGGUAUCUUUUCACCCGUUAAUUCCAAUACAAUCGUAACAACUCAAUCGACCGAUAGAGAUACAUUUGAGGAAUACCGCGCGGCUAAUACUGGAGAAUCAACCAUUAAGCAGGAAAGAUCGCUGGAAGAAAUUAAAAAGAGAUAUGAGGAAAUUCAACGCAAUGCUGAUAAUACAGAAGCAUUAAAUUCAAAUUUAAAUAACUCACCUCACCCUCGUAUUGGCCAUGCUAAAGUGAGAAGCAAUUCCCGCUCACUACCAGAAGAGGACGUCAUUAGCCCUGAAUCCUCCAAAAAUAAGCAAACUAUUGCAGCUGGCUCGCUUACCAGAAGUGUAUCCUCUAAUAGUAUCAAGACCAUGCAGUCUAUUACCGAUAAUACUACUUCUGACGUGAAGCCAAUUCCGGAUGGAGAUGAUUCACCUAAAGCACUCUUCAGGAAGCAAGCCUGGACUGAAGGAGAUGAAAAGAUAGAAAAUGUAGAGUUUCCAAUCGUUACUGCUAUAGAGCCCCCAAAACAACCAGAUAAGGCUAGUGCCUUUCAAAAACCGAAUGAUACGGAAACAAUUCAACCCUUCCAAACUGAAUUUAUCAAAAAUAUGAUUGAUGAUUCAAUAGAAGAAAUGAGAGAAGCCGUACAUAGGGAUAUCGCAAAUAUGCAUUUUGAAAUGCUGCGACAGUUUCAAUUACAACUAGACGAAAUGAAACGGUCCAUUAAAGAGGCUUCAGUUAAUGAAGAACUACUAGCUGAAGUUGAGAGACUUCGGACUGAAAACGAAAUGUUAAAAAAUAAGCAUUAG